AAAAGCAAAGCACCGUGUUCCAUAUAUUUGCCGAAAAAGAAGCUUUCACGGAGUUGAUCAUAGCGUGUUUGAAAGAACAGAAAAUUUGUGUAAAUUCUAGUUUUAUUUUUUCUUCUUGCAGCAUCCCAAUAUCCCACAUCAUCCCACCCCCCCCUUUAACCACUACUUAUGAUAUACACUCAUAUUACCAGUUUUCAAUUAUUACAAAGGAACGAAGACAAUGUUGCCUAUGUAUAUGUUAAUGAUACUGCUAUACCAUACAGUGUUGGUGGUCCUUACACCAUUGGUGACGCUCACGACGUCUACGUAGGUGAUAUCUGGUUUUUAUCGGGGCAAAGCAACAUGCGUGGGUGGGGUAACUUCAGGGACGUUCCCGGUGCUUCUACCGUAAUGGCCAAACCUCAUCCCAUGGUACAUUCAUUUCAAUCCUGCGAAUCUUGGGCACCGGCUAAAGAGCCCAUCCACAAUCUUGCGGAAUCCAUAAGAUCUAUUCAUAAGAGUCUACGCGAUCCUUCUAACGGUGGCCCCAACACGCCACGACCACCACCCAGUGGCGAUAGUCACUGGAUCCCAAAUAAAGGGGCAGGUCCAGGGUUAACGUUUGCUGUCGAAUACGGAAAAGAAUUUAAUGUUCCCGUCGGUUUGGUGCCUUGUGCACAUGGAGGUACAAGCAUGGAUCAGUGGUCCCCGGAAAUGAAAGAGCAAGAGGGAGACUCACUAUACGGCGCUAUGUUAGAACGAUUUAAUGCUGUAGGAGGAAGUAUUGCCGGAUUGCUCUGGUACCAAGGCGAGUCGGACGCAAUGGUGCUUGAAGACGCAAAUCGAUACAAAGAGAAAAUGGUCCAGUUCAUCGAGACUGUUCGACGCGAUUUAGGAAAUCCAGUUCUACCAAUGAUAUAUUGUCAAGUUGGACGAUGUGUAUCCAGCGAUUCGCCGACUGGCUGGAACAUUGUGCGGGAAGCACAACGACAAAUUGCUGCGUCUGGAGCUCAAAACCUUGCGAUGGUUUCAGCAAUAGACACAGAGUUGGACGAUUUUAUUCAUGUAGCUUCAUCUGGCGUCGAGGUGAUCGGCCAACGCAUGUUUCGCAUCGCCAGAGCUUGGAAACUAGGUGUAGGAUCCCAGAACUGCCCCAUAUUAACUCGCAUCACUCCUCAGUUAUUUCAAUUUGAGCAUGAUCCCAGCGCUGCCGGUUCAACUCGCGCGUAUCUUUUGUUAGCGUUUGAAAAUGUGUCUCAAUGGCUGGACCAGCGCGCAUUUGGGUUCAGCAUAAGAGACAAGGACGAGCACGAUGUACAGCUGAUACACAAAGUCACGUUUGAAGAAAAGUCUUCCAUACGCUUACAUUUGACUGAGCUUUACAAGAAGUAUGAUGGCUCCCAACUUCAGCUCUGGUACGGUUACGGACGAAACCCUAUCUGCAACGUUGUGGAUAGCGACAACAUGGCCCUUCCUGCUUUCGGACCUAUCGACUUCGAACUAUCUUUUUUAGAACCAACAUACCAUGUAAACGUUUAACUUUCUUAUAUUUCCAUAGAGCACCCUAUUCCCCUAUUUUUUUACACAAUACCUACAAAAU